AUGAGUGUAGAAGGUACGCCCGGGCCGGCAUCUCCCCAAGAUAGCCCGGCCGCCCUCGCCGCCCAGCCCAUUGAUUCCAACCGCUCCUCAGAUACGUCCCUUUCACACAGCGAUACGCCCAGUAGCCACAUGGUGGUGCUGCGGCCCCAGCACAGACCAAAAUCUAAAGUCAAAGUCUUUCAAUGCACAGGCUAUGACGACUGCAAUAUGACGUUUUCUAGAAGCGAACACUUGGCCCGUCACAUCCGAAAGCACACCGGGGAAAGGCCGUUCGUGUGCUUCUGUGGCCGCUCGUUUUCAAGGCUGGACAACCUUCGCCAACACGUGUACACUGUGCACGCCAAGGAAGGCCAUAUCGUGCAGUCGAACGGCACGGCAAUAGCCAUUGGAUCCAAGACACGGCGCGCUGCCUUUGAUGCCCUACAGCAGCAGCCACAACAGCAGCAGCCACAACAGCAGCAGCCACAACAGCAGCAACUGCCACAGCUCCAGCAGCAACCCCAAUCAACGCCAGUUGCAGCAACCUCUGGGCAACCUCAGCGCCAACCUUAUUAUCAACCCACCCCGACUCAGGAUGCUCCCAUGGCUGGCGCGAACGGGACCCCACAAAAGCCGCUGCCUCCGCAUCCGGUCAUGGUCAUGCCAAUGGCUACACCUGUAUCAUCCGAUGCUACUUCGCAGUAUCACCCAGCCCAGCAAACGACGGCUGGGGGUGUGCCUAUGAUGAUGAUGGGAGGAAUUAUGAGUGGGCAACCCAUGUCACAACAGCCUGCUCCAGCUCCUGGGUAUACUUAUGCACAUACUUCUGGCCAGGGACUCGUCCAGGUUCCAAUUUCAGCUGCAGUGGGAGGGCAGCCCCAGGUGUAUUUCCAAGGCCAGCAUUCUGCUACCGCUCCGACGGCCCCAGCAGCUCCAGCAGCCCCAGCAGCUCCAGCAGCCCCAGCAGCCCCAGCGGCUCCAGCGGCCCCUUCACACGCGUCGUAUCCACUUUGGACUACAGCGGCCCCCAGUAGCACACAUCCACUCCCGUCCAGGCCGCACUCAACAGACGAAUCGGCAGCUCUACACUUUGCAUCAAACGCGCCUCCGGCAUCUCCGACGUCUACAUCAUCAGCCCUUGACGGUGCGUCACCGCUUCGUGCCCCUUCUUCCUUCUCAAAUAGGCAGAGUCGUGAUAGAUGCAGCGUGUCGUCCGUCGAAAGCUCUGGUCACAUGUCUGUCGCAUCUGGGUCGUCCUCCGUUCGAUCCUCGCAAACCUCCCUGUGGCUAAGCUCGGUGCUGAAUGACUCUAACGAAUCGCCGCCCACAGUGAGCCCGCAGGCUUUCGAGCCCGAGGGUAACUGUCUGCCGGCGGUUUCCCAGCUUGGUCCCUUGAAGUCCAGCCCACGCCGGACUGAUCUGUUGACGAAGCCCCUCCCAAAAUUGCCCUUUGAAAUAUCCAACAGUUCCAACAGCUAG